AUGGCAGCCGAAUCGUUUGCAGUGGCUAGCGCCUUCGACCGUGCCAUAAGCGAACUUGAGCAACUGGAGUCUCGCCCAUAUUGUCACAGAAUUGCUACUGCUCUUCUUGUCAAAAAUUGUCAACAGCUCUUCGAUGUAGAUACUGCCAGCGAAGUCGACUCUACCUCCUCUCGGGACCUUGUUGAUGCAUAUGCGAUAAGUCUGGCCAUUUGCGAUUUGGAGCGAGGUAGAAUUCCAAUCCCCUACCAAUGUAAAAGCUUUCAGGAGACUUCACUCGCAAAACUAUCACCAAGAAAGGGCCACGGAUUACACGUCUCUUCAGAAGAAGUCAAUCAAUGCAUUCAGGCAUUCGCAGCGGACAAUAAGAUGUGGGAGACUUGGCAUAAUUAUCGUCACCGCACCGAAGUCUACUGUCAGGUUGCAGGCGCAGAUAGAGAAAAAGAUUCUACUGUCCAAUUUUACAAACACAUUGCUAGCAUCAUGGCCGAGUUCUUUGAUUCGGUUGACAAGAACCAAGACCGUCUUUCAGAGUUUCACAAACGACACCUAAACGAUGCCCACACAGCUUACGAAAAGCUCUUUUCCAACAUAGAAGACAUCCAAGACGCUAUUUCAACGCUCAGGUCCCAUAUUUCGCAGUCUAACGCUGCCGCAGAGGUACUUAUCUGGAGCAAGCUAGAUGAUUCGGAGCUGACACUAUGA